UUACAACUGCGAAUGAAAAUUUCAUAUUCUACGCGGUACUCAUGCGGUUCCCGCCGCUGCGCCUCCGCGCCACCGCCACUCCGGCGAUCCUUCGUUCUAACUCCCUCAUCCACCGCUAUGGCCGCCUCGGGCGCAUCGAGGAGGCUGAGAAAGUCUUCCACGCUAUGCCGGAGCGCGACGUUGUUUCCUUCAAUUCCCUCAUCGCUUCCUACUUCCUCAACCACCAGCCGCUCCUUGCACGCCACCUGUUCGACCGAAUGCCCCUGCGGGACACCAGCUCGUACAACGCUAUGCUCUCCGGUAUUCUCCGUUCUCGCGGAUGCCUCCCGAAGGCUCGCGCCUUCUUCGACUCCAUCCCCCACCCCAACGUUGUCUCGUGGACCACCAUGGUUCGCGGUUACAUCCAGCACGGGCGGGUCGCUGAGGCGGAGGAGCUCUUUCUCUGCAUGCCCGAACGCAGUGUCGUGUCUUGGACCGUCAUGCUUGGCGGUCUCAUUCAGGACGACCGUAUCGACGACGCUAGGAGGCUCUUUGACCAGAUGCCAGAGAAGGACGUCGUCGCCUGGACGGCAAUGAUAUCAGGUUAUUGCACGGUUGGUCGCACCACUGACGCCAGGGAGCUGUUCGACAACAUGCCAAAGAGGAAUGUCAUAUCCUGGACAGCCAUGAUCUCUGGGUAUGCCCAGAACCUUCAGCUCGAUCUCGCUCGGAAGCUGUUCGAAGUAAUGCCUGAGAGGAAUGACGUCACUUGGACAGCAAUAAUCACUGGAUAUGCUCAGUCUAACCGUGUUAAAGAGGCAGCCACACUUUUUCAAGUGAUGCCAGAGAAAUCAGUGGUCGCCUGCAAUGCUAUGAUUCUUGGGUUUGGGCAGCAUGGGAUGGUGAGGGAAGCAAAAAAGGUUUUUGAUGAGAUGGUAGAGCGUGAUGAUGGGGCAUGGAGUGCCAUUGUCAAGAUAUUCGAACAAAAUGGACUCCAAGUGGAAGCUCUUGCCUACUUCCGUUGCAUGCAAAUGAAUGGGAUUCGACCAAAUUUUGCUUCGAUUGUUAGUGUACUCGUUGUUUGUUCCAGCCUAGCAAUUCUUAACUUGGGAAGGGAGGUUCAUGCGGCGUUAGUGAGGUCUCAUUUUAGUGAAGAUGUCUUCAUUGUCUCGGCUUUACUAACCAUGUAUGUGAAAUGUGGUGAGCUUGACAAAGCCAAGAUAGUAUUUGAUAACUUUGACAGAAAGGAUGUUGUCAUGUGGAAUUCCAUGAUCACUGCAUAUGCCCAACAUGGUCUAGGGGAGAAAGCUUUGAGUGUAUUUGAUGAUAUGAGAGUUGUGGGCAUGGUGCCAGAUGAGAUAACGUACAUAGGGGUCCUGUUGGCUUGUAGUUAUGCAGGAAAGGUUAAAGAAGGGCAAGAAAUUUUCCAGUCCAUGAGUUCUGAGCAUUUAGUGGAACUAAGAAUUGAGCAUUAUUCAUGCAUGAUUGAUCUGCUUGGUCGAUCAGGACGUGUCAUUGAAGCAGUGAAUCUGAUCAAGGAGAUGCCGAUGGAAGCUGAUGCUGUUGUCUGGGGUGCUCUUUUAGGUGCAUGUCGGACGCACAGGAAUGCAGAAAUUGCUGAGGUUGCUGCCAAGAAGCUUGUACAUUUAGAGCCUGGUAAUGCCGGUCACUAUGUUUUGCUAUCCAACAUUUAUGCUUCAAGUGGGAGAUGGGAAGAUGUUGCAGACUUGAGGAAGGUGAUGAGCUCAAGGAAUGUGAGCAAGUCCCCCGGUUGUAGCUGGAUAGAGUUCAACAAGAAAAUGCAUAUGUUCACUUCAGGUGAUGUUUCAGCAGAUCCUGAGUAUGCUGCUAUAAUGAACAAGUUGGAGCAUUUAGACGCAGAGAUGAAAACGGCAGGGUACUCCCCAGAUGGUGCUUUCGCCCUCCAUGAUGUUGACGAAGAGGAAAAAGCUCAUAACUUAAGGUACCACAGUGAGAGGCUGGCAGUGGCAUUUGGAAUACUGAAGAUUCCAGAAGGAUUGCCAAUCCGUGUUAUGAAGAACCUCCGGGUAUGUGGGGAUUGCCAUUCAGCAAUCAAGUUGAUAGCGAAAAUCACAGGGCGCACAAUCAUUUUAAGAGAUACCAACAGAUUCCACCAUUUCCAGGAUGGAUUUUGUUCUUGCAGGGAUUAUUGGUGAAUUCCAGUCUCCUUGUGAUCACUUCCCACAAGAUACCAAGUACAGGUUUCUGAUGCGGUGAAGACAACUCAUACAGGUUAUCCUUCAUUCUUCGGACACCUUAGACCGGUUUCUCCUGUACUAUUUUUAUUCAAGAAUGAAGCUGCUGCUGGUGUUAAGUGAGAACACAAGGAAUGGAAACAUGAAAUGGUAUUUAAAGCAGCCAGUUUACAACUACAAAAACAACAAACAAAGUGUGAGUUUCUAGACUUCCAACAAAAUAGACCUUCAAAAUUCUAUGCCUGAUUAUUUAUUUUUCAUCAUACAAACUUGUGUUUCUGGUUAGUUAUUAGCAUGAAAAAGAGGAAAUGACUCUAUUUAUCACAUUUGAUUACGAGUGUGCCAAAAGGAUUUAUGUUUAUACACGUUGGAAUUAUCUUUUUGGUCAUGGCCUUGUAUAGCAGCGUGGGAGCUACAUAAGCAAACAAACUUGGACUUCAGAGGAAUCAGCAAUCUAAUGGGACCAACAAGAAGAUGACUACCAUCUUUGACUCACUUUAGGCUGUGGGUUUCAUAGCCUCUUCAGAAACUAUACCUGUACCUAGCAGAGAGUGUAACAAAUGAUUCAGCGACUGUUCAUGAAAUGGACUAAGAAGCUUAACUCGUGAGGUUUGCUUACUGAAUAGUUGUGCAAUCAGGAUCCUGAUAAACUUUUAUGCCCAAAGUGUUUGAGGUUUGAGACUGUAAGUAUACGACUAAGCAAUGCAAUCUAAUGAAAAUAAUUUGCCUCUUUGUUCUCCAAACUAAUAGCCAGUUAUCUAUGCAAAUGCCUACUCUAUAGAACAUCUAAAUUCUGAUCACUCUAAGCUUCUUUAGUAAUGGAUUGGCUCCAACUAGAGAGUGAUAAGAAUUGGGUCUCAAGCUGAAUCAAUAGCAACUGUACAAGGAUAGUAGUCUAUGGUUUAAAAGCUGGGGCCAUUCAUUCUGUUCGUUUUGAUCAAAAUCCUCAGAAUUAAGUUUCUCAGUUAGAUUUAUCUUGCUUCCACCAGUUUUUCUCUUGAUUUAUUCCACAGAUUAAAUUUGCUCGACUGACGCCAUUAAACUCGUAUAUUAGUACUCUAAUGAUAUUCUUCGAGUAUUCUAACUUUUUUUCCCCUCCCUUAUUGCAGAUGAAAACCGGAUCAAAUGGUGUUCAAGCAUCAAAUGGAG